AGUGGAUGGCGCCGGGCGUAGCGCACAUGGCAUGCUGAGCGAUUUUUCCAGGAUUGCGGUUAUAAAAUCUUUCAAAACCAUAUUUUUCACAUAAACUGAUAGGAGUGUGUGUUAGAUGCGGGAUACGGAAAACAUGGAGGCCGAAGCCGAGUUUGAGGAGGGCGAAGAGCCUUCGUUUAGUGAUCCGGAGGAUUUCGUGGAUGACAUCAGUGACCAGGAACUCCUCGAAGAUAUUCUGAGGGAGAGACCGCAGGAGGCAGACGGGAUCGACUCUAUUGUUGUGGUGGAUAACGUGCCUCAGGUUGGCCCGGAACGUAUAGAGAAACUGAAAAAUGUCAUCCACAAGAUUUUCUCAAAGUUCGGCAAAAUCACCAACGAGUUUUACCCUGAAGAUGAAGGCAAGACCAAGGGGUACAUUUUCCUGGAGUAUGCCUCUCCUGCGCAUGCGCUCGAAGCGGUGAAAAACGCAGAUGGCUACAAACUGGAUAAGCAGCACACCUUCCGUGUGAAUGUCUUCACUGACUUUGACAAGUACAUGACAAUCAGUGAUGAAUGGGAACCACCUGAGAAACAGCCAUUCAAAGACUUUGGAAACUUGCGUCACUGGAUGGAGGACCCUGACUGCCGCGAUCAGUACAGUGUGAUUUUUGAAGCGGGUGAAAGAACGGGCAUAUUUUCUAAUGACGUCAAGGAGCCAAUCACGGUCGAGGAGAGAGCGAGGUGGACAGAGACAUACGUGCGCUGGUCUCCAAAAGGCACAUACCUGGCCACGUUCCAUCAGAGGGGCAUCGCGUUGUGGGGAGGAGAGAAGUUCAAGCAGAUCCAGAGAUUCAGCCACCAAGGGGUGCAGCUCAUUGACUUCUCCCCCUGUGAAAGAUAUGUGGUCACUUUCAGUCCUCUAAUGGACACAAAAGAUGACCCCCAGGCGAUUAUAAUUUGGGAUGUCCUAACUGGGCAGAAAAAGAGAGGAUUCCACUGUGAGAGCUCUGCUCACUGGCCAAUCUUCAAGUGGAGUCACGACGGGAAGUUUUUUGCAAGAAUGACUCAGGACACACUCAGCAUCUAUGAAACACCUUCAAUGGGACUUCUGGACAAGAAGAGUUUGAAAAUCAAUGGGAUAAAGGAUUUCUCCUGGUCGCCCGGUGACAACAUCAUUGCAUUCUGGGUACCAGAGGACAAAGAUAUUCCAGCCAGGGUGACGCUCAUGCAGCUGCCAUCCAGACAUGAGAUCAGAGUUCGAAACCUGUUCAACGUGGUGGACUGCAAGCUCCACUGGCAGAAGAAUGGGGAUUACCUGUGUGUGAAGGUGGACCGGACCCCCAAGGGCACACAGGGUGUAGUGACCAAUUUUGAAAUCUUCCGAAUGAGAGAGAAACAGGUCCCUGUUGAUGUGGUGGAGAUGAAAGAGAGCAUCAUUGCCUUUGCCUGGGAGCCAAACGGCAGCAAGUUUGCCGUACUGCAUGGCGAGUCUCCAAGAAUCAAUGCAUCUUUCUACCAUGUAAAGAACAAUGGCAAAAUUGAACUAAUCAAAAUGUUUGACAAGCAGCAAGCCAACAGCAUUUUCUGGAGUCCUCAGGGGCAGUUCCUGGUGUUGGCUGGAUUGAGAAGCAUGAACGGUGCUCUGGCUUUCGUGGACACGUCCGACUGUACCAUGAUGAACAUCGCAGAGCACUACAUGGCUUCUGACGUCGAGUGGGACCCCACGGGCCGAUAUGUGGUGACCUCCGUCUCCUGGUGGAGCCACAAGGUGGACAACGCUUUUUGGCUUUGGACGUUCCAAGGACGCCUCCUCCAGAAGAACAACAAGGACCGCUUCUGUCAGCUGCUGUGGAGGCCACGCCCACCCACUCUCCUCAGCGCCGAGCAGAUCAAGCUCAUCAAGAAGGACCUGAAGAAGUACUCUAAGAUCUUUGAGCAGAAGGAUCGACUGAGUCAGUCUAAGGCUUCCAAGGAAUUGGUUGAUAAGAGGCGUGCCAUGAUGGAGGAAUACCGCAAAUACCGUGAGGAGGCGAUGCAGAUGUACCAGGAGCAAAGACCUCUUCGCCUUGAGCUCAGAGGAGGUGUGGACACGGAUGAGCUGGAUAGCAAUGUUGAUGACUGGGAGGAGGAGACCAUUGAAUUUUUCAUCAAUGAAGAAAUUAUCCCUCUUGGAGAUCUGGCGUAAUCCCAACAGCAGCACUUCGAUCAUUUUUGAAGAGGAGAUCAGUUGCGCUGAGGGGCUGAAAAGUCAAGAUUUCAG